GUAGUGCGUUGAUUUCAUACCAAAGUCAUACUUAACAUUCCACUUAUACUGUCAAACCUCUGAGAAAUAUUACGGAAAACAACAAGGCGCCAAAAUAUAACAAACUAUCUAAAGUGACCAGCUGCUCUCAUUGAGAAGAACUAGUAGCCUGGCAGAAUAAAAAAGUUCAUACCUGGAUCAUCCAAAGCCUCCAGCCUUGUUCCUCCAGAGGAAUCCAACAGUUUUACCUACAGGCUCAGAGAGAGACUCAAACAAGAACGAUUUGGAGGAAUACACAACUUCAGUGUGCUUUGGACCUCUGCAUCCUAAAGGUCUCCUACAGAUCCCUUGAUUUUGGGGCUCGGGGUCGGGCCCAGGGGGAGCCGCCACCAUUGCGUCCAACGAGUGGAGUGCCAACGGUAGCCCUGAAGAUGGGCUGGACGGGGAGAACGAUGACAAGGCCAUUGACGGGGACGCCGAGGGCGUGUGGAGCCCGGACAUCGAGCAUAGCUUCCAGGAGGCCCUCGCCAUAUACCCCCCCUGCGGCAGGAGGAAAAUCAUCCUGUCAUGAGGGAAAGAUGUAUGGUCGCAAUGAAUUGAUAGCAAGGUACAUCAAGCUGAGGACGGGCAAAACCCGCACAAGAAAACAGGUCUCUAGUCACAUACAGGUGUUAGCACGGAAGAAAAUUCGUGAAUACCAGGCGGGUAUAAAGGCGAUGAAUUUGGAUCAGGCGUCUAAAGACAAAGCCCUGCAGAACAUGGCAGCACUGUCGUCUGCACAGAUCGUCUCCCCGAGUAUGAUAAAGAAUCACCUUCCGCCACUGCCUCCUGCCCCCUACGGGCCACCCAGAUUCUGGUCUUCAAUCCCAGGACAGCCUGGACCCUCUCAGGAGCUGGUUCUAGAUCUCAACCCGGGAAGGAAUCAUGGGCUUGGCCGCACCAGUCAUUCUAUCAAAUCUUUUGCACAGCCCCCAUACCCAAGCCUAUCAGGUCCUGUACAGCAAUCCAUACCAAGUUAUGAGGCCCUGGCGCCCCCCCUUCCUCCGUCUGCUACUGCAGUGCCGGUGUGGCAGGACCGGACCAUCGCCUCCUCAAAGCUGCGGAUGCUGGAGUAUUUAGCCUUCAUGGAGGUCCAGAGAGACCCAGAAAACUACAGCAAACACUUGUUUGUCCACAUUGGACAGACUAACCCCUCCUACAGCGACCCGCUCCUCGAGGCUGUGGACAUCCGGCAGAUAUACGACAAGUUCCCUGAGAAGAAGGGCGGGCUCAAAGAUCUUUAUGAGAAAGGCCCUCAGAACGCUUUCUUCCUAGUUAAAUUCUGGGCGGACCUGAACAGCAGCGGCAUGCAGGACGGCCCUGGCUCUUUCUAUGGUGUCAGCAGCCAGUACAGCAGCCUGGAGAACAUGACCAUCACCGUUUCAACCAAAGUCUGCUCGUUCGGCAAGCAGGUUGUGGAGAAAGUAGAGACAGAGUACGCCCGCCUGGAGGGAGGAAGGUGUGUUUACAGGAUCCAUCGUUCUCCUAUGUGCGAGUACAUGAUCAACUUUAUCCACAAACUCAAACACUUGCCUGAAAAAUACAUGAUGAAUAGUGUUCUCGAAAACUUCACUAUCCUACAGGUGGUGACGAACCGUGACACCCAGGAGACCUUGCUCUGUAUAGCGUUUGUUUUUGAGGUUUCCACGAGUGAACACGGAGCUCAGUAUCACGUCUACAGACUUGUUAAAGACUAACAGCUCUUCAGGGAGGUUCUGGAAAAGCCAGACAAAAGCGUGAAACAAUCUCUCUUUGACCAGCUCAACCAUCCAGGAAAAACAAACAUUCAAACAUUGCUAGACCGAACUAACAUGGACACAUUUAUUGCUUUAAAGGUGUUCGCAAGGAAAAAAAAGAGUGAAUCUCAACGUGCCAACACACAAAGAAAUGUUGAAGAAUAACGGAUUUUUCGAACAUCCAGCUAUUUUCCAUGUGUUUAAACAUGCUUUAGAUCAAGUGGGUCACUUUUGCAAAGGUAAUUGAUGGAGCUUGAAAUGUUAAUUGAGGGAACGAGAAUGUGUUUAGGGUUGAAAAGACCUGUUUUAGUAUGCAAGGGGAUCACACUCUGAGCAGUAAGAGAAGUGUAUAUAAGAUUGAAGAAGUAGAGAGACAACAGGACCACGGAAGGGGAAAACCAGAGCCAAGUGGUGUUGUUACAGUAGGUUUGUAAGAAAAGCAAGUGCCUUUUCUCCAAAGAUUUUAUCAUUGCCUGCCACUUUGGAUUGCCUUUUUUUACUACCUCUUGUUUUUAAACAAACAGAAAAAUAGUCAGACUGGUGUAUUUUGUCCAAAAAAAUUGGAAAGAAACCUCUUAGAUUGACAUCUUUUGAGCAGGUUUUUAUAUUUGGGCACACAGAGGAAUGGGAUAGGAGUACUAAUUUUCAUAGCCUAUUGUUUUUACAAAAGAUCGUCCCAAGUUUUACAGUCCACAUGUAUAGGGAGAAGGUUUUUGUGUAACCGUACUAUUUAGUUUCUGCUUUUUUUAAAUGUUUUAUUACACAGUUUUAAAAAUCAGGUCUUACAAGCAUCUUUCUAUUACUGACUUUUGACACUAGGGAUGCCUUGUACCAUUGCCAGACAUAAAGCCAGGGCUUUGCCAUCCUUACAAGAUCCCCUGUUAUUUCUCUCUGUUUGAAGACGUGUGCUUGGUUGCACUUAAAAGAUCAAGAAGGGGUGGUGAAGCAACAGCAGUGCUUAUUUUCUGCCUUGAGUUAUGUAGCCUAAUUGAAAAAUCAUUUGUUUCUGUACUGUGAGUCAGUGGAUGCUAAAGGAAUAUGUGUUACAUAGGAGUAUUUUUUGGAGGGGGAUUUCUGUUCAUAUUUGUGAUCAAGUAACUCAGCACAGAGACCAUGGUUUAAGUGGAGAGAAGUUAAUCACUGUUUCUUUUGUUUAAAAAAGACAUUGUAUGCUGUGAAGCUGGUUCAUUUGCUUCACUGUUCUCCGCUGUAAUGUGUGGAGAAGCUGCAUCUGUUGAUAAAAGUUCAGUUUUGAUAUUUAAGACAAUUCUUUUUUACAAACCCAAAAUAACUGUCUUGAAUGAGGGCUAUUGUCUCUGUGCUGUGUAGUAUGACGAUUGAUUGUUAUUUAUAGGGUUGGAAAAUAAAUAGUGGGAGGGCAGGGUGGGGAACUGGAGGUGUAUUGAUCAUUUUCCACUGUGAUGGAGAUAUUUAAAGUAUUGCAGGCCCCCGUAUUAGAGACAAGAGAACUGUCUCUUCAUGGAUCCUGCUAGACAAGUGUCUACUCUGUGUGGUUCACUGGACAAUUGUGCUAUAAAGAGUUCAAAUUUAAGAUAUUGUAUGGCGGAAAAGUUGCACCUGGCUUUGAAUGUCAUAUUUCACAAGCUAGAUUCAAUAACACUUCUACUUUAGCAGGUCUCUCAAUUUAUCUUUUAUACAGACAUUUUUCGCCAUUAUCAAUAUUAAUGUUUCGUUUUGAUUCUGUUGUCUUUUGACUUUCAGUGUUUGCCAUAUGCUUCACUGAAAAUAAUGUGUGAUUGUGCUGAUAUUGAUAAUUAAUAAUGAGAUAUCUAAUGUAUCAUAUUCUGAAUGGUGUGGGCAGUUUUUCUGUUUUUGUUUUUUUUGGUUUAAGGUGGUUUACUGUUGUCUUUGUUACCAUUGUGCAUUGCAAUUUUAUACUUCAAAGUAGAGUUUGGACUAUGUAAUCAAACAAAUGUAUCUAACAAUAAAAGACGCAUGGUGCCUUUGGGGCCAUUUCCCCCCCAGAAAACGUAUUAAAAGAUGUUUGUAAAUUA